AUUGCCUAAAUACAUUCCCUGCGGAUAUCAUCUACCUCAUGAUAGAGCCGAGCUCUGGAUAUAUCCCUGUCCGACCAGCUCCUCCCUGAAAAUGUCGGAACCAGCUGCAGGAUUCACGUCGGCAUCAGAGGUGUUCAAGAACAUGCCUCCACCACCACCCGGACCAUCUCCUUCGAUAGAGACCACUCCAACGGCUCCGCCUACAACAGGUACAUCACACAGGAACGCCUCAAACGCUCAUCUUCCUGUAGAGACCCCGCCUGGCGAGACGGAAUCGGCUGAAGCUGGUCCUAGCAAGCCGGUCAACAAGCCGGUCAACGUACCAGCUGGGAAUAAGCGUUCGAUCAUCGUCAAUGCCUGUCAGCGAGGCAACCCCCUCCUCAACGGGAUCAAGGGUAUCGGAUGGGAAUACGGCGAUAUCGUACCCGACUAUCAGGUCGGUCAGAAUACCUGUGUGUUAUACCUCAGUCUGAAAUAUCAUAGACUACAUCCAGAAUACCUGCAUAAUAGGAUCGAACGACUGCGCGGGAUGUACCUGUUGAGGGUGUUACUGCUCAUCUGCGAUAUCAGCGAACAUCAAGAGCCGAUACGUGAGAUCACCAAGAUCUGCCUUAUUAACGAUAUGACCGUGAUGACCGCCUGGAAUGUACAGGAAGCGGCCAACUAUAUCAUGACCUACAAAGCCUUUGAACACAAACCGCCAGACAUGUUGAAAGAACGGGUCCAGAAGGAUUAUCCUAGUCAAUUGCAGAACGCGUUGACCAGCGUCAAGGGGGUCAACAAGACGGAUGUCAUCACGCUGAGUACGAACUUCGGAUCGUUCAAGAAGCUAGCACACGCUUCAUCCGAACAACUAUCCCUCUGCCCUGGAUUGGGAGAUGUCAAGGUGCGACGUCUGAUGGAAGCGUUCAACCUACCUUUUCGGCCUGGCGCUGGAUCGUCCAAGGAAAGGGAUCAGAAGAAGACUUCGGACUUCUUUACCAAGAACGGCAAGGGGAAAGGUAGAGCGGGGACGACCUGGGAGUUGUCGGAAAAUGAGGAACCGGCAGCGAACAAGGAUAAGGACAAGACGGAGGGGUUGGAAUUGAAUGGGACGUUGAUGUGGAAGGAUCCGUUAGGAAGCGACUCUGAUGAAGCUGAUGAAGAGCCGGUGGUCAAGAGGGCCAAGGUGUAG